AGACGCGCGACCGCGACGAACAACCUCAGGCUAGCCUUCACCACCACUCAGACAAGCGGCAUCUCCAACGAACCUCUCCCCAAGACAGCCAUACCCACGGCUAAAUCCUGCUGUUGCACAGCGCCCACCCGACACUUCUAGCAUACAAGUGCGCGUGCACCAGAGCCACUUCGCCGACACGACGGCAUUGAUCGCCUUUGCGAUUCAAAGACCGCCUACACUCACGUCACGCUGCAAAGGCUACUGCAACUUCACGACCCUCUCAAUCGCCAGACGCCUCUAGAACACUCGGCAAUAUGGUUGGAAAGAAAUCGGGUAGAGCCCAAUUGAGGGAAGAGGGUCUGGAGCGGACAGACAACAACAUGGACCUCACGACAUGGCCCCAGGUCGGCAUGAUCAACCAAAAGAACUACUAUACCGAAUUCCUCAAGCGCGACGAACAGUUCCUCGCCGUACGAUACCCCAAGGAUGAAGAGAGGGCGCGCAUAGUACAGGAAGCUAGGGACAAGGAUCGCGCACGAGCGUUGGGUGCACCGGCAACGGAAGGAGCGACGCCACAGCUUGCGGACGAGACAAUGGAAGAUGCCGAGGUUUCCUUCGCAUCGAGAACCGACAUCUCCAAGCUUAUCGUGAUACAUCCUGGCAGUCAGAACUUGAGGAUAGGCCUUGGGUCGGAUGCGCUACCCAAGACUGUACCAAUGGUCAUCGCACGCAAAUGGAAGGAGAGUGAGGACGAGGAGGACGAGGGUGAGCCUAGCCCCAAGCGGAUGAAGGUCGAAGGUGCUGUGCCCGCGGAUGCCCUGCCUGAGAAGUGGUUCGGAGAGGAUUUUGCCGACCAGUACAUGGCUAUGUCAUCCGAACUUAGGACAAGGAUGCGAUCCAACAAGCGACGAGUGCUCCCCAACUCGAAAGACCUUGUGACCAACUUCAACCGAAAAUCACCCCCAGACAUCAUCUCCGAACACAAUGACAUCAACCGCAUCGAGUGGACAGAACUACCUGCAGACCCCAAGAAGGCACCAGACUUCUUCACUGGGCACGAUGCGCUGCGGAUACCCGAGAGAUCCAACCCACGAUACAAGCUAUUCUGGCCGAUACGGAACGGCACAUUCAAUGAGAAGGACUAUCGAGACCGCAAUCAAAUCUACCAUGACAUCUCUAAGAUAUUAGAAGAGGCCUUCAGGAAUCAACUCGGUAUUACCAGGCUAAAGGACCUUGUCAACUACAAGUGCGUCUUUAUCAUACCAGAUCUCUACGAACGACAGUACGUCACUAUGAUACUGGACAUUCUCAUGCGGGAUCUUGGCCUUGGAAAGGUCUGCCUGCAGCAAGAGUCACUUUCGGCUACGUUUGGUGCUGGCUAUGGUGUUGCCUGCGUAGUUGAUAUUGGUGCCCAGAAGACGUCCAUCUGCUGCGUUGACGAAGGUCUUUGUGCUGAGGAGUCCCGUGUCAACCUCAAGAUGGGUGGAGCUGAUGUGACCGAGACGUUCAUCAAGAUGAUGCUUUACGGGCAUUUUCCAUAUGCGGACAUGAACUUGAAGCGGAGAUACGACUUCCUGCUUGCCGAGGAGCUGAAGCAGAAGUUCUGCUCUAUGGAUGAAGGCUCAGUCACUGUACAAACGUGGGACUUCCAUCUUCGCGCUUCGGGCCAAGACACACGGAAGUACACUUUCAAGACGUACGACGAGACUAUGCUUUCUGUCAUGGGAUUCUUCAAGCCUUCGAUCUUUGAGAACGCACGGAAACUCGAGAACAGGAGGAAAGUUAUGCCACGCUCCGUCGACCUCUACGAUGGCUCACCCAACGACCCCAUCUCGCAAGCACAAAUUGCCAUCAUCGAAGCCGCAGCCGGUAAACCUGUCGUACCCACCAUCAACGGUGCGUCAGAAGCCGUAAACAACACAGCACCCGCCUCAACCCCCCAACGCCCCCAGCCAAACCCCUUCAACCUGCUCGGCCGCCUCAACGACAACGAAGGCACACCCCGCUCAUCCGUCGCAGGCUCACCCGGCCCCGAAGGCAGCAACACGCCCAACCCCGACCGUGACACCCCUAUGGGCGACACGGACGGCGCCCCCCUCCUCUUCCGCGACCCCAUCCACGAAAAGACCAAGCUAGCCGAAGCCCGCGACGCCAUCCUUCCCAUCCACUCGCUCGACGCCGCGAUCCUCGAAUCCCUCUCCCAAGGUGCCCGCGGCGACGAUCGCAAACUGCGCGACUUCUUCGGCGGCAUCAUGCUCGUUGGGGGUGCAUCCAAAACACCCGGUCUUCGAGAGUUCCUCGAAAUGCGACUGCGUGAGUUGCGUCCCGGGUACGGCAAGGAGAUUCUUGUGGGGCCCCCGCCGCGCGACUUUGAUCCGCAGGUUGUGGCGUGGAAGGGAGGCAGUGUGUUUGGAAGGUUGAGUGGGCAUGGGAAUGAUGGCUGGAUUAGUCGGUAUGAGUAUGAUAUGUUGGGGGCGAGGCUGUUGAAUAAUAAGUGCAUGUUUGCCUGGUAGAAUGGAGUAAACAGGGAUGCUGUGGAUAGGUUUGGUGGUGACAAGAAGGGAAGUCGAGACGGUUAGGCUGUUGGGGAGUGUUUAGAUGGCGUGGGUUACUGGGUAGUGUUGGAGCAUCAUAGGGUUGGUGUGGAAGGGUGAGACCAUACAUUCGGAUAAGGGCGCAUCCUAGUGGGUUCAUUCAGGGUUGUAUUUCUUGUCGAAUAACAAUGUGUUACGAAUACCACUUCCUCAAUAAUCUGGUCAUGGUCAUACUACAAGUCACUGCAGUGAUGUUCUUGGUUAGAUGGAUAUAGCUUAUGAGAGUCAGACCGCUUCACCAUGUGACUGUCAUUGCGCAUCAUAGCCGUGGCACCAUUUUGCGCAUACAUCGCACACACUCUCUCGAAAACCCUCCUACGUGC